CCGUCCCGGCAUCACGCUGGUGGCCUCCGCUGUUGCCUUCGUGGCACAUCACAUUAAUUGGCACGGCGCGCUCGCGCUGGUCGGCAACGGCACGCCGCCGCCCGGAGACUUCCGUCCGCUCCGAUCCUCCCCACGCCCGCGAGCGCGAGGACAAUCACCUCGACCGCGCUCUUCAGCCAAAUAAUAAAACCCUCCCCUCCCGACCGGAACGCCGCGUCCGGCACCACCGCACCCCGCACGCGCCCGCCACGGCGCAACCCCCGUUCCCGUUUCGCGCCACACCAACACCAUGGCGCCGCCACAACCCCGCCUCGGCCUCCUCGCGCUCGCCAUCCUCCUCGCGCUCUGCCCCGCGGCGUCCGCGGACCCGCGCACGUCCGUGGCGGGGCAGACGUGCGCGCCGGGCACGGCCGUGUCGGGCUCCACGCUGGCCGACAACUUCGUGCCGGCCAUGGACGAGCUCAACACCAACGUCAGCGCGCACGGCUUCGGCACCUCCGCCGUCGGCUCGGGCCCCAACACGGUGUUCGGCCUCGGCCAGUGCCUCCGCGACCUCUCCUCCGUCGACUGCAAGCUCUGCUUCGCCGAGGUCCGGUCGCUGCUGCCCAAGUGCUACCCGCGCGUCGGGGGCCGACUCUACCUCGACGGCUGCUUCGGACGCUACGGCAACUACUCCUUCUUCGGGGAGGCCCUCGACGCCGCCACCGACGCACGCGUCUGCGGGACGGAGGGGAACUACACGGGCCCCGCCGACCCGCGGGCGUUCGAGGACGCCGUGCGCGCCGUGCUGGCCAACGUCACCGCCGCGGCGGCGGCGGAGGCUCCCGGGAGCCAGGGGUUCGGGGCGGGCUCUGCGGCCGUCGGGGCCGCCACGGCGUUCGCGAUCGCGCAGUGCUGGGAGUCCCUCAACGCCACCGCGUGCGCACAGUGCCUCCGCGCCGCGUCGGACGCAGUGGCGCCCUGCGCGCCGGCCACGGAGGCUCGCGCGCUUUUUGCAGGCUGUUACCUCCGUUACUCCACCAGGCAAUUCUGGAAUGUCAACGCCACGGCGGGAUCGGACUCGUCAGGACACAGUGGCAUUUUGUGGAUAUUGCUGGGUUCAUUUCUUGGUGCUUUUGCCAUUGUUCUCGUCAUUGCUUUUCUGGCAUGGAAGAAAAGAAUUCUCAGCAGGAGAAAAGGGUGCAACUCCUUCAUAGAUAUGUAUGGAGAUGGACUCUCCGUCAGAAUUGCACAGUCUAGUUUAAGUUUCAAAUAUGAAGAGUUAAGAAAAACAACAAAUUAUUUUGAUCCAUCAAACAAACUUGGUCAAGGAAGUUAUGGAGCUGUAUACAAGGCUGUUCUUCCGGAUGGAAAGGAAGUAGCUGUCAAGAGAUUAUUCCUAAAUACAAGGCAGUGGGCUGAUCAGUUUUUCAAUGAAGUCGACCUAAUAAGUCAAGUUCGUCAUAAGAAUCUAGUUAAGUUGCUUGGCUGCAGCAUGAAUGGUCCAGAGAGUUUGCUUGUUUAUGAAUACUACUUCAACAAGAGCCUUGAUCUCUUCUUGUUUGCCUAUGGAUGUCAGCCUGCUACUUGCCUCCUCUCGUAUCUGUGGGUUCGCAUGUUUAAAAAAAAUACAAGUCGUAGAAGAAAUUUAACCUGGGAUCUCAGGGUCGAUAUCAUUCAAGGCAUUGCUGAGGGGCUCUCUUAUCUCCACGGGGAGUCAGAAAUACGGAUUAUUCACCGAGAUAUCAAAGCUAGCAAUAUUCUCUUGGAUGAUAAAUUGAAACCUAAAAUAACUGAUUUUGGCCUUGCAAGAGCUUUCGGAGAAGAGGUUACUCAUCUUACCACUGGUGUUGCUGGAACAUUAGGCUACAUGGCUCCUGAAUACAUAGUGCAUGGGCAUUUGACAGAGAAAGCUGAUGUCUUCAGCUAUGGUGUUCUUGUUCUCGAGAUUGUAACAGGGAAAAGAUGUAGCAACUCAAAUGGUUCACACGGAGGACAGGUUUUGUUAACAAAGGUAUGGAAACACUACAAGGAUAACAGAGUGGAGAUGAUUGUUGAUCGAAGCAUCUAUGAAGACUCUAUCAGGGAUGAGGCCAUGCAUAUACUGCAGAUUGGACUGCUAUGUACACAAGCAAAUCCUGAUGACAGGCCUACAAUGGGGAAGGUGGUGGAGUUGCUGAGAAACCACAGGAAUGCUUUGGAGAUUGUCUUGAGUGACCCUCCAUUUCUGAAUGUUGAUGCUGUUGAGGACAUCAAAGAAGGGGAGCAUUCACGAUUGCUGUCCUCAAAUUCUGCUCCGUCACUGUCAGGCUCGUCCCGAUCUUACUUAAGUGGGAGAUAAUCUUGGUGAUUUGUUUCCUAGUUCUCAAGAGAAAUAUAUUUAAGAGUUUGUACAGUUAUGUGUGAUGUAAAUUGAUCGUGUUAGCAUAUAGAUCUUUUGAGAGGAAUCCAGCAGCCUAUAAUUCAUAAAGUGUGCUAGACUGGGGGGCACCACCACAAUUGUACAUAAAUAUUUUGUCCCACCAUAAUUAUACAUAAAUACAAGCGAGUUCAUGUGACUUUUGCGAUAUAAAUUUAUAUGAUACUCUUAAUGAAUGAAGCUAAUUACCCGUU